AUGGGGCGGCGACGCAGUGCUUUGGGCGCUUUUGCAGUGGGGCUCGCCGCGCUUAGUCAGGAAGGCCACCGCCCCCAGGAGGAUUUCGUUGGAAGUCUCCCCUGCCGCAGAGCGAUCCCAGGGAGGCGGCGCUGCAGGACCUGCACGUUCUCACAAGACGAGAUCUGGGGCAGCUGGAAUGCGAGCGUCUCAGCCUAUGGCGCUGAUGCACCUCGUGGUUUCGCUGAAAUGGCGAUAAUCCAGGAAAUCUUUGAGCGCUGGGAUAGGGAUGGGAGCGGCGAGCUUUCGCUGGAGGAGUUUCGUGACGGCUUGCGACGCGAAGGCUCAGCUCUUAUCGCAAGGCCGAGCUCGAGGACCUCUUUCCGAGAUUCGCUUCUGGAGCCCAUUGGGGGCUUCUUCCACCACACGUGGAGUUCAUUGUCCGGCAGCGCAAACGCCGUUGGGGCUGGGAUUGCAGGGUACGGCACAGGCGUCUGGGAUGCUGCGGUGCAUCGUGUUGCGUGCUGGUCGAAUGGCUGCCGGGUAGCCUGGAGUGAUGGUGCCCGUCUCGUGGGCUCCGCGCCAGGGGCGGUGGGCCAGGCGAUCCUGAAUGGGGAGGGCCGAUUCGUCUACAACUUGUUCUCUCGGCAGCUGGCGGUUUUCGUGCCUGACUUCUGGGACUCCACGCACAUCGAGGCCGACAUCUUUUUGCAGCGCUCUUUCUGGCUGCGCAACCUCUCCGUGAGUCCUACUGCGGCAUCCCUUUUGAUCGCACUUGCCCCGCCGGGGCUCAACUUUACCAAGUUUUGGAUCAGCGAUGUCAAGGUGUCCUGGAACAACCUCAUGGCUCUUGACUCCAGCCCCAUCGUGGUCGAAAUCGAUUCCGUGUGGGCAGAGGCCGCGGAGCUGCCAGCGGGAAGCGAGGAGGAGGUUGAAGACCUCAUCUCCAGAUGGUUGGACGUAGUGGGAGGGGUUCAACCUGACCCCUUUCAAGGCAAAUAUCCCCUUUUGGACGCAGCCACGUUCCGUGUGCGUCACGUGGAUCUUCUCAUCGACAGUCCAACGCGAUACGGGCAAGUGGACGUUUCGUUGCGAGGCCUGGAAGCCAGGGCCGUGAACCAGGAAGGGCGACAGGAAGACCUGAUGACCAUGCUCGAGGAUGGAAAGGAUGGGCGUGCAGGGACCAUCCGGAUGUCCCGGCUCGUGGAGUGCAGCCAAGCCUCCGUGCGAUACCGCUCGCCACCUGUAGGCCAUGCUUCGGACGACUUCUCUGCAGACUACCUGCUGGAGCCAACUCCUCUCAGCCUGCUACUGCGCCAGGUGAAGAAUGCCUCGGAUCUGCGACACAUUCUCCACCAGCGCUACACCAUCACGCUCCCCAGCAGUGCCAUGUUUCUUCGGUCUCCCUUCGGUGAAGCAGCUCCCCCAUCGCCAGCACCCGAUCCACGCCUGAGCCCUUUCGACGGGCCUACGCCAGAGUGGCGGAUCCAAGUGGCGAGCCACGAUCAGUCAGACUGGAUCUUCUCAGCUUGGAUGAGCCCGCCUGCUGCCAAAACUGUAGCUGUUGCGGGCAUGGGCAUCGGGAUGGUGGCUCCUUGCUCGCAACUCGGUCACGGCGACGGUGCCUUUGGUUGGUGGUUGCGGAGCUUUAUACUUGGGGGGAGGGGGGGGGGGUCGUGA